AUGCUCUCUUUAGUCCUCUACAUCGCGGCUCUCCUUUCCUUGGUCCAAGGCCAUGGAGUCAUUCUCGGAGCACAGGGCGAAGCAGGAUCGCCCCCAAGCGUUGGAUUCCAAGUAAACGAUGCCAUUGCCCGAAACUGCACAUCCAUUAGUCCUUGCCAACAAGACACCACGAUAAUCCGAGAUGCGGAGAUCAGAGCAAACAUCGUCAAUGAAUGUGGCCGGACAGAAUUGACAGGCAACAUUGAUAUUGGAGAGAAUACCGAGAACGCUCUCGCGGCCGGUGCAGUUACCUCUGUCAAGUCCGGUACACUGAUGACUGUUACUAUUCAUCAGGUCAACGCCGAUGGUGCUGGACCAUACGCGUGUGACUUGGAGGAGACGGGCAACACGGGUGUCUUCACGCAAAAUCUCACGGUCACCAACAACGUCCCCGGUGUCAACGGCUUUUCGCAAGCCAAGACCCAGGACUUUAACAUUACUGUCGCUAUGCCCGACGAAUUCAAUUGUAUUGGGGGAUCUACCGGAAACAUUUGCACCGUCCGCUGCCGUAACAACUCUCAAGCCGGACCCUUUGGAGGCUGCGUCGCCGUCCAACAGACAGACGGCGUUGCUUCCGUCAACUCUCCCAACACCAUCUCUACUGCAGCAACCCUCCCAAACAUACUUGCACAAGUCCACCAAGACCAGAUCGAUCUCGCCGCCGCCAUCAAGGCCAAUCAGGUCUCAGGGACUGGCGCUGCCGCUCUCAAAGCUGCUGGUGCCGAGCUCAAGGUGGUCAGCAAGGCAGCCGAAGUCCAAACCCUUGCUCGCGAGAACAUCAACGGGGUUGGCGCUGCAGCUGCGACCACUGGAGCAGCAGAUUCGGUUUCCUCCAGCGCGUCCGCGAAGGCGACGGAGACGGCCAAGGGAGCAGGAAAGGGCGCAAGGAAGGGCGCAGCUAAGGCUUCUGCGGCUACUAUGGCUAAGGAGACAGGAGCGGCUGCAAAGGGUAACAAGGUGGCUGGUGACAACCAGGGCAGUGAUGGAAACAAUGUCAAGAACCAGUCCGUUUAA